UGCUUUGACGCUACGUCGCCAAGUGACGACGGGAUGACAAAAAUUGGCAGCGGUCGUUAAGAAUGUUGGGAUGUUCCUAUGUUGUUAUUUACCUCGGCCGUUUUCAUCGAUGCAAACAAUAGUCGUACGUUCUUUAUCAGCUCUAUCAUAUUGACGUCAUGAAUAUGGAUCGGACGACAAAGUUUUCCUGCUACCAGACGUUCGCUGUUCGUUCAUCUCGCUGGUAACCGGGUGAAGAAUUAUUGUCUUUUUCCUCGCAGUCAUCGUCGUUUAACGUUGUGUACCAUACAUUAAACGUAAGUUUUGUUAUUUCGUCGAUGGCUACAUCUCUUGCUGGUCAGUUGUCUGCAGUGAUGAUGUCAGCGUCCAAUCGGCGACGGACGACAUGCUAAGUCAGACGUACUUAUUCUUCAAAUCGAUGCCGUUUAGCGAGUUUCACAGGGCACUAGCCAAAUUUUCAGGGUGCGUAUUGCGCAACCGCAAGCGUAUCCGUCUAUUUACUGAAUCUGUUGCCUUUUGCGUAUUCACUGGCGGCCUGGGGUGGCUUGCGUAUGAGGUACGCGAAACUGUACUGGCCAUCGAACGUUGUGUUCAAAAAGACCCGAUACUCCUCAACUACAAAGUUCCAGAAUACGUUUUCAUUGAUAAAGCAGCGUUCACUGAACUCGAUGAGUAUCAAAUCAUUGAUAGCCACAGCAUAAUCCAGCCAACAAAUCCUCCUGUAUUUUUUUUACGGAAAUGGAAUGAUUUCAAACAUAGAAAAGCCUGGAAACUUUUAGAAAUGAUCAACAAAUGCAAAAAUUCUAAGCUAGCUUGGGCAGCUACUCAACGACUUACAACUAUGGUUCAUCUAAAAGAUUCUGAUUUUCAACAUCUAGCACAAAUGAGUCAAGCACAUACUUUGGUUGGUUUAGCUCGAUCGGCCAAUGCAAAUCCAAAAUUCUUUCUUCCUCCUAGAAAAAUAAAUUGGACAAAAGAUGAGAUUUUAAAAAAAAUUCGUGAUUUGUUGAUUCAAUUAAAUACACUAAAUGAACAUAAAUGUUUAUCUUACUUUGUGGCUCAUGCAUUUGAAGAUAAACACCAUGAUUAUUACCACCCAGAAGAUAUACCAUCUAAUUUUAGAAAUAUCCAAAUUGACAAUGAUAACAUUUUACAGUUGAGCUUAAAUGCUUUACGUCACCAUUGUAAUAAUGAAAAAGCAGUUUCGGAUAUGGUGAAGUUAGGAGGCCUACAAAUUUUAAUGGCUUUAUAUCAAUAUUUAAAAUAUGAUGAAGAGGUUGCGGAAGAAAUCGGGAAAUUAUUAUCCGUUGCAUCUUUGAACAAAAAUCUAAUUGAAGAUAUUUUUUUGACUGGAUGGAUCAGUGUAUUAUUUAAUUGGAAAACCCAUCAAAAUUUUAGAAUUCAAUCCUGGGCCAACCGAACUCUGUUAAAUAUGGAUGAUGAAGAUCCAAUCAAUGGAAAUUAUUCAUUUGGAAAGCAAACUGUCUUACUACAUCCAAAAAAUAGAUGUCAGAAAGAUACUAAAAUCGAUAUAGUUCUUGUACAUGGCCUUUUGGGUGGUGUUAGCUUUUCAUGGCGGGAAAAAUAUUUAAUGAAAAAUGAACCUCUUGGUCUUUUUGAUAUGAGUAAUAAAGUAGAAUCUCAUAAUUCUUUAACUACUGCAACCAAAAAAAUACCAGGUGGUGAAGAUAUGCAAGAAUAUUUAGAUAGUUACAAAGAAGUGAAAGCUAGAGAAUGGGAUAUGAUUGGAAGCAAUUUUGAAUUUGUUUUGAAUGAUAUACCAGAAAGAGAAAACGCAAAAGGAAAUGGGCCAUAUUCAUUAAAUGGGAGUAACUCUACUGUAAGAAAUACAGCUCUUAAUGAAGGUUAUAGUCAAUGUUGGCCAUCUGAUUGGUUACCCAACGAUGUAGAAGGCCUUCGUGUGAUUGGUGUUGAUUAUAGUACAACACUAUCCGAAUGGUUGCCAUCUUGUCCGCUGAAACAAAAAAAUCAUCGUACUCUGGAGGGUCGCACAGAUAAAUUAAUGAAACAAUUGCUGGCUGUUGGUAUUGGAGAUCGCCCAAUAAUUUUUUUGGCUCACUCUAUGGGAGGACUUUUAGUGAAAAAUAUGUUAGUUGCAGCACGUAACAGUAAAAAUCCAAAUGAAAGAAAGCUUUUUGAAAAGACGAGAUCUGUAUUCUUUUUCAGUACUCCUCAUCAUGGAUCUCCAUUGGCUACUCUGAACAGUGCAUAUCGAUUCUUUUUGUGGCCAUCAGUAGAAGUUGAUGAACUCAGAACUGAUUCUCCCAAAUUAGUGCAGCUUCAUACUGAUUUUCUUGAAUGUUUACAUGAAAAUCCAAUAAAGAUUAUAACUUUUGCUGAAAGUCUUCCUACAGAGUUUACUGCCUUAAAGGUACCAAUUCUGUGUGUACCAAAAAAUGCAGCCGAUCCAUCUGUGGGUGAAGUUUAUGAAUUGCCAUUAAAUCACAUGUCUAUUUGCAAAGCUGAUUCAAAAUUGUCAUUUGUGUAUCAAAAAACUUUAUCUGUGAUCAAAACGGUUGCUGCUUAUAGCAGUUAAUUCUGCUAAUUACUAUUUUUGUCAGUAUGAUUUUUGGAAUAUGGACGAUCUUUUAUUUUUAAUUUAUAAUUAUUAUUUAAACGUGAUGGAAAAAAACAAUACCUACUAUUUAUUUAA